UAAUAUAAUGACAUCGACAGGUCGGUAGAUAAUUUGGACAUUCAAAGUCGAAGCGGAUGCACCAGGCAAGAGAGCGAGCAAGUCCAGGAAGAGGAAUUAGCCGAGGACGUGGGUGCCGGUGGACCGGAAACGGAGGGAAAAGAAUCAGCUCCGGGUCCACCCCCGCCACCCAUGUCUCCGCUUGAGAAGUCACGGCGGAUUGGCGAGAUCGCUAACGCCGAAUCCGAGUCAACAAGAAGCCCACAACCGCUUGCAACUAUUAGUAUUCAGGAUCUUACGAGUAUCCAAUUAAGAAGAACCACCGCAAAAAUAAACGCGACUAAAACAUUUUCCGCGCCGCCGCCGCGCAGUGUGUCUAUGACUAAUGUUUCAGAGCCGUUCUUCGUUCAAAAAACCGACUUAAUCGCAGAAUUGAAGAGAACCAAGGACAUACCCGGGAUAAAGAAGCUGAAAGUGGAGAUGGCUCAAGUGGAGAAAACGCAGGAACAGAAUCUCAUGUCGGAAAUCAACAAAACGUUCAGCGUUUCGAAUUUCGUGGAUCAGAUUCCUGAGAAGGACAGUUCUGGAAACGUGAUACCGAUAUGGAAACGACAAAUGCUCGCGCGGAAAGCUGCCGAAAGAGCGAAGAAAGAAUUGGAAGAGCAAAUUGCCAGAGAAAACGAAGAGAGACGACAGAAGGCGAUACCUGCUUGGAAGAGACAGCUCCUUGCUAAGAAGGAUAACGACGAAAAAAGGUAUCUAUUUCCUAUGUUAUAAUAUUGUUUAUUUCGG